AGGAAACUGGCUGUAUGUUGCAAACACGAGACAUGUUGAUCACAAGCAGCUAAAAUCACAUUUAGCAAUGGUCAAUACAAAAAGCGGAAGUUUAGAAAGAUUAAUAUGACAAACAGCUCUCUCUAAAACGGAUUAAUUUUUGUUAUUAUUGUUUUGUUAUUGCAGUAGGCAGGAUUGAGUAGCUGCACCUGUGGAGACCUGGUAGCAACAGCAUGGAUCCCUUGGGAGCUCGUUCCCAGUUUGUGGAUGUCCAGAGCCUCCCCACGUGGGACCUGCCUCAGGGAGACCAAGAUGAGGAAGAUGAGGAGAACCACUUUAGAGAGGAGGAUAGCCUGGCCAACGAGCUCAACUCUUUAUCAUCCCCUUUCCCCUUCAGACCAGACAUCAACAGCAAGAUUGUACUCUUUAAUGGAGAUGUGGCACUUUUAAACUGCACUGCGAUCGUCAAUACAAGUAACGAGACACUAACUGAAAAGAACCCUGUAUCAGACAGCAUUCACAGAUAUGCUGGGCCUGAGCUGAGGGAUGAACUACUCAAACUGAAAGGAUGUCGGACGGGUGAGGCAAAAACGACAGAGGGCUUUAACUUGGCUGCACGCUUCAUCAUUCAUACGGUUGGGCCCAAAUAUAAAGCCAAGUACAGGACAGCUGCAGAGAGCUCUCUAUACAGCUGUUACAGAAACAUCAUGCAGCUGGUCAAGGAACAUGCAAUGGUGUCUGUGGGUUUGUGUGUGGUCAGCACAGUCAGAAGAGCAUAUCCACUGGAGGACGCAACACAUAUAGCAUUAAGGACUGUACGUAGAUUUCUGGAGAACCAUGGUGAGACCAUUGAGACCGUAGUGUUUGCCGUUUCGGAUGUCGAGGAGCCUGUAUACAGGAAGUUAAUGCUGUUAUAUUACCCACGCUCAAAGAAAGAAGAGAAGGUCAGUCUGCCUUUCCUCCCUGCAGACAUUGGCAAUAGUGAGGGGGAGCCUGUGGUCCCAGAAAGACAAAUCCGCAUUGCUGAAAAGCCAGGAAAUCUGGAGGAUAAUUCUGUGGAUGACUCACUGGAGUCAGACCUGGGGCUUGUAGGAAGUCACGCGUUUGCUCGUAUGGAAGGGGACGUGGAUAAGCAGCGUAAACUCAUCCUUCAGGGUCAACUGUCUGAAGCAGCCCAGCAGAAACAGCACCAAAGAAAUUAUAACCGCUGGCUGUGCAGAGCUCGAGCAGAGGACCUGUCAGACAUAGCAGCGUUAAAGGCACUAUAUCAAACUGGUGUCGAUAUUUGUGGCAGGACAGUCAUGGUUGUUGUCGGAAGGAAUAUUCCAGUUACAGUCAUUGAUAUGGAGAAGGCUUUACUGUAUUUCAUCCAUGUGAUGGACCAUAUCACAGUGAAGGAGUAUGUGAUGGUGUAUUUCCACACACUCACUGCUGAGCACAACCACCUUGACACCGACUUCCUCAAGAAGCUCUAUGACAUCGUGGAUGCCAAGUUUAAGAAAAACCUGAGAGCUAUCUACUUUGUUCACCCAACGUUCCGCUCAAAGGUGUCCACGUGGUUCUUCACAACGUUCAGUGUAUCAGGCCUUAAAGAGAAAGUCCAUCACAUAGAGAACCUCCAACAGCUCUUCACCUGUAUCCUGCCCGAUCAGAUUGACAUCCCUCCUUUUGUUCUGGAUUUUGACACACAGGUUAGCAACCCCUAUUACACGGCUCACUCCUCAGGCUUAUGAUGGUAUCAGAUAAACCCAGUCCAGAGGAGUUUAAUUGGACCUGCCACUGUAUGCUGAACCCAACACAGCCCUGCACUGGGCAGACACACACCCUGAUGACAUGACUGACAUGGUGCUUAAGUGGACAUAGUCAAAGGUGUGUCUCUGCUGUUCCUGGGCAGCUGAGUUUUCUCUAUGACACUCAAGAGACUGUCGAUAUUCUCUACAUUCUCUAUUAAAUUAUGCUGUCUAAACACAACCUGCUGAAAUCUGCUGAACAUAUCAGAGACCUAGAUGAAACCAAAACAUCAUAAAAGGAACCGCUGAUCUGACCCAAGAUUUAUUGGAAAAGGUAUGUGUGUGUGUGUGUCUGUGUGUGUUUGUAGAUAAAGAGAUUAAUUUGAAAUAUGCAUAACAAACAUGCUAAACCAAUCAUUUGUACCAGCGUCUUUUGUAUCUGUGUGAAUGGCUGGAAUCAUUAUGGUUUCUGCUGUUUUUAAUUUCUCCUGGCCUUGUCAGUCCAAUUAUUUGACAGCCUACUCUUCGUUGAAACGUCUACACAACGUUCAAGUCUACACUGUUCUGUAGUUUUAUUUCAUUCCACGUCUGUGCGGUCACCAGCUUUGGUUUUAUCUUAAAUGGAUAGUUAACCCAAAAAAUACAAAUUCAUUCAUUUCAUCUCCCGUGUUAUUCCAAACCCGUAUGACUGACCGACUACUGUGGAACACAGAAUUAUUUAUCUAGCAGAAUGUCCAAGCUGCUCUGUAGCUGGUCACUAUUCACUUUGAUAGUAUGAAAAAUAAUUACAAUGAAAGUGAAUAGUGACCAGGGAAGGAGCAGCUUGGACAUUCUGUAAUAUAUCUCCAAUGACAUUAAGGUCAGUUUCAUUUUUGGGUGAACUAUUCCUUUACUACAUUUACGUUUUUAUAUAAGGCAUUAAACAAAAAUAUCACUGCAGAUUCUUGUGCUUUGACAACAAAACCCUAUCUAGAUUUAAUUUACCCAAUUAAUAAUAUUACAUUUGAAGGAUCUCUGGCAUAGCAUUUUGUUAGUUCCAUGAUUACACAGUUAUGUGAUUCUAAUGUCUCUCAUCCUCAGCAUCAGUAAUACCAUAGCAUAUAAUAUGUUUCAAAGCUGGAGGGUACUUCAUUUGUACUUUUUUUCUGUCUUUGUCAAUAUGUCAGUGUUGUUGUUGUUGUUUUUUUCUUUUUUGGGUAGCUCUUUAAAUACUGGCUGUUUCACCCAAUGUACACUAAAAAUCGUGUAGAACUUCAGUUUUGUUUUUACUCUCUUAAAAAGUUAAGCAGAUUUGCAUGCAUGGCCAAAGGAAUCACAUAGACCGAGAGUUGUUUUCUAAGUGAAGUAAAUGGUGUAACUGUAGAUACAACAAAUACUGUCUGUUACUAUUAAUUCUGGUUUGUUUUAGUCAGCCCUUACUGCAUCCGUGCAGUGAUCACAUGCUAUGUUUUGUACCAUUUUAAAUGAAGUAUGAUGUAUGAAUCAUGAUGAUGGAGAGUGUGUUAUUUCAAUAAAAGAAAUCUUAUUGUGGGAUGUUACCCUUAA